AUGAAGGUUGGAGGCCAUCGCUAUGAGGUUGGAGGCGGUUUGCCCGGCCUUCUGAACUAUUGCACCGGAGAACAUGGCCGAAAGAAGAACCUCCAAAAGACUAUCGAUGCAAUUUGGUUGCCCACUGUCCAGGAGUCCGACGAGCACCAAAAAGAUUUGUGUGGGCCAAAGCUUAAGGAGCUCCAAAGACGAGCUCUGAAGCCCAUGAACAAGAACUCUGACCUCGAUGCCUUUGAGGUGGUUGACGUCUGCCAGGGAGGCUUGCCUUGCAUUCUCGAUGCAGGAUUCAGGCGCCUUGGACAUACAAGAUCCACCAGCGAGGACACGAUCUACUUGUUCGAUCAUUUUGGCCGGCAGGCUGAAAUCAUUUUCCGACCUUACUGUGGGUUGUGGCGGCUGCGUGACUUGUUUGAGGUACUCGUUGCUUGCCGACAGCAAGACGGCUUAACAUUUGCAGAACCUAGCUUAACCUCCCACGGUGGCCUUCGAUUGCCCCGUUCAGAGGCAGGGUGGAACAGCAUGCGGGCAGCAGGUGAGGCGAGCAAAGACAUGCCUUUCUCCAAGCUAUCAGACGCUGAAAAAGCAGUUGCGGCUGCUGAGUUGAGACUAUGUGCAGCUUGCGGGCCAAUGGCUUGGCAGCCGCGAAUGGCCGCAAACAGCCAAGUACAACCGCAAGACAACUGGAUCUAUGCAAUGCCCCAGGAGGCCGAAUUCAACAAAGACACACUUUAUGAUAGACCUGUCGAGGAGAAGCUGGUCCGGCUGUGGGCAAAGCAACAUGUGGAGGACAAGCACCUGGUUGGUGUGUUGAGAGCCUUGGAGGCUUGCCAACAUGAUAUCCACCAGACGAAGGGCUUCACGUUCCACCAAAACCGACUCCGUAUCACCGGCACCAAGGCUCGAAAGACAGCGCACAAAGCAGGGUUAGCCAGACAGACAAGUUUUGGCAUGGCUUCUGCGCAUGCUGCCUUGGAGGAUGAGAAGGACGCAGAGCGCCGAUCGCGGAAGGGUCUUGCCCAACGCUCGUUUUUGCUCAACAGGGCGUCAAGUUCAGACAUGAAGCCCGAGAUGACUCGGAGUUUCUACCAGGCAACGAAGCAGAAAGAAUUGGACGUGCCGGGAAUUGAAUCCAUUGGACAAUAUUCAUGA